AUUUCUUUCUAGCUACUACAUAGCAAUUUACUGUUGAAGAGGUUUUGGUACUUAAAGUAUGGUUGAUGGGACCAGUGGACAUAAUUUUCAAAAUUGAGCUCUUUGAUUUCAUUUGUAUGAGGUUCAUAGGUCUUUGGUGCAUAAAGCCAGGCUGUUAAGCAAGCAUAUUGCCCUUUUAUCAAGAUACUUUAAAGCAUAUUCAGUCCAUCUGCUAAAUGUAUUGUUGUUUUAGUUGUGUUGCCUUGGCAUUUGGAGAUAGGAUAGAUAUCAUUGUUUGAAUCAUUAUCUAUAGGGGUAUUGAAUUGUUUCUGGGGAUUCCAUUAUUUUAGAUUCCCAAAGUUGUAGAGUUAUGAUGGUAUGAAUCUAAUGAUAUGCCUGAACCAAGUUUGCGCAGUGUCUGCUAAUUACAAAUGAUCAAUAGAAAAUCUUUCUUAUGAGAUAAUCCAAUGAUCUAAUAUAUGAACUGAACAUAUAUGAACUAGAAUGUAUAUCAAGCGUUCAGUUGCUCUAAGAAAUCUGCAAGGUGCUUGCAUGUAUUUGAUCAAAUUUGGAGUUGAUUCCAAUGAUGCAUUUUACCACAAAGAAAUUCCAAAAUGAUGGUUCUAUGACUGGUGGUGCAUUUGAUUUUGAAAGAGCAACGACAUCACUUUCCAAUCAGUCAUUGUCGUCGUCUAAGAAGGUAACUCUUGCGAGGCACGGCCUUAGCUCUUGGAAUGAAGAGAGUAAAGUUCAGGGAAGCUCAAACUUAUCAAUCCUAACAGAAACUGGAGUGAGGCAAGCAGAGAGGUAUAGAAAAGCCUGGGCAAAUAUAUACUUUGAUGAAUGCUUUUCAAGUCCAAUAUCUCGUGCUAAGUCCACUGCUGAAGUUAUAUGGCAAGGGAGGGAAGAACCACUUGUUUUCCUUGAUUCGCUGAAGGAAGCCCAUCUAUUUUUUCUUGAAGGCAUGAAAAAUGUGGAUGCUAAGGAGAGAUAUCCAAAGGAGUAUACCACAUGGAGAGAAGAUCCUGCUAAUUUCUAUGUGAAUGGUGUCUACCCUAUACGAAAACUAUGGGCAAUGGCAAGAGAGGCUUGGAGGGAAAUGUUACUCUCACCGGAUGGACUUGAAAGCAUUCUUGAUUCUCAUGCUAUGGUCAAACAAAUGACAAGCAAACCGGGCAUGGCAUCAAGAUCAAGAUGGUGAUGUCAUGAGGAUAUAGCUAGAUGAUUUCUAAAGCUCGUGUGACAUGCUGGAUGAUUUGAUAAUUUUUGAAGCUUGCGUAAUA